CUAGUUCUAUUGUAUAUCCAAAUUUUUUUGCCCAUCUUAUCAGUUUCUUUAACCUCUUCUUCUAAAUUUAUUCUAAGUAAAUACCUAUAGAGUUUUUUAAUCAUUUUUUCAUCCGUUCCCAUGAGUAUCCUAUCUAGUUCUGAAUCUUCCAUAUUAAAACCAUACUCUUUAACGUCUUUUUCAUAUCUUGUUUAUAUUUGCAUUUGGUUCAAACUUCAUUUCCAAAGAUGAAUAUUGUCAUGGGUGGAGCAGUUUAUUCCACAAAAUUGGAUAAUAAAUUUGGAAGGCCAAUGGAGAGUCCCUAUCAAAACAAGAUUGGGGACAAAACAGAAAUAAUAUUGUACAGACUGGUAAUUGUCCAGGUACUUGGAAGAGCACUUUAAAAAGAUUAUUUUUAUAUUACUUUCUUUUAAAUAGGUUUAAAAUAUAAAUUGUCUCUACUGUACAUGUUAAGGAAAGUCAGCAUGCAUUCAGUUACCCGAGUUUGCAGUGGUAUUUGAAGCCAUUUUGACCGUUACAUAUAUAUAUGGAGGGUAUAGGUUAGGAAAGUUGCAUUUACAGUCAAGAUUUUCUUAGUCUUAACACAAUAGGACAAAUGACAUACAAAUAUUUAAAUAUGUUUUUCACCUAUUUUAUCCUUAAAAUGAGUAGCAUACAGAUACUGUUCAUAUCUUUACAUCAGUGAUAGACCAGUGUAAAUAAAAAUUACAAGCAUUUAGCAAUAAUAAAAUAUAUGAUACAAAUAAUACUUCAAACUUAGAAUUGUAAGAAUGUAAUAUAAAAUACUAUUUUAAAUAAGAAUUCUUAGCAUUCGUAAUACAGUUGAAAAACUAAGAAUAUAAAACAAAAUAGAGCCUGUUUGAUGUAGUGUUAAGACACUAGGGAGUUUGUAAGUUCAGGUCCCACCCAAAGCCAGUUAGAUGACCUUGGGCCAGUCCCUUUCUCUCAGCCCUAGGAAGGAGACAAUGGCAAACUCCUUGUGAGAAACCAUGCCAAGAAAACUGAAGGGACUAGUCCAGGUAGCCACUUGGAGUAGAAUAAGAGCAAAAGGACAAAAUUAUUGUGCAAUAAUAAUCCAAGGUCACCCAGUGAUUUUCAAGCUGAGUUAGGAUCCUCCAAGCUUACAUAUAUAAUUUUGGAACUAGGGCUCAUCACUUAGCAUCCUAAAUGAUGGUUUAUUGAAUAAAACGCAUUAGUUGGACUCCCACGUAAUGCAGACCAGAAUGUAGCAGGCUUCCCAAAGCAAAGCAGGUUUGAACGUGGUUUGUUGGACCCGCUGCAGCCCAAAUCCCGGGGGGGGGGGGGGGUUAGGAGCUCAUGAACCAGGUACCCUAAGCGAACAUGGGUCUGAUGCUGCGGAGCCCAUGGAUCCAAAACGGAUGGUCCAAGUUCUCGUUGACUGGCGAGCACAGCCGAUCCCGUCUUCGAUUGCGCUCCAGCCAACCGGGCGCGGCCGCCUCCGACCCCUCCGCCCUUCCCUGGCCGCCUAUUUAAGGGUCGAGAGGCCGACGGCGCCAGACUCCCUCCUGGGAACACCCAUGCGCACCAACUCGCCGCCGGGCACGGGUCCUCUUUUGUCUCCCCGCCCCGCCGGAGCUUGUGCUUCCGGACCGGGCGGGGAGAGGCCAAGAGCAGGUUCCGCUUCUCCCAGGGCCGAUGCGGGCGGCGGAGCUUCCGCUGCGUCCGGGGGAAAAAUGAAUUACAUGCCGGGCACGGCCAGCCUCAUCCAAGAUAUCGACAAGAAACACUUGGUCCUCCUUAGAGAUGGCAGAACCCUGAUUGGAUAUUUGCGCAGCAUUGAUCAGUUUGCAAAUUUGGUUUUGCACCAAACAGUGGAGCGCAUUCAUGUGGGCAAAAAGUAUGGUGACAUCCCUCGUGGCAUCUUCGUAGUCAGAGGCGAGAAUGUUGUCCUCCUGGGAGAAAUUGACCUGGAAAAGGAAAGUGACACCCCUUUGCAGCAAGUCUCGAUAGAGGAAAUCUUGGAAGUUCAACGGGUAGAGCAGCAAACGAAGCAAGAAUCAGACAAGUUAAAAAUGCAAGCGCUGAAGGAGCGGGGCCUCUCCAUUCCAAAGGCUGAUACAUUAGACGAAUACUAAGUAUUUACCUGAACUGUCUCCCAAAGAUUGAGGAGACUGUGCACUGAAGUGCCCAAGUGAUGGGCAACUGUUUUUUUAUUAUUAUUAUUUCAGAUUCCUUCCCCCCCGCUCCCCCAGUGCAGAAAACAGUUGGAUCACCAUGACAUAAACUGUAGUUCUUCCCAUUUCACGAAAAAUCAUUAUUUUUGAAGAUUAAAUAUAAUCCAGCAUGACGACACAAUUGUAAAAGAGAAGGUUGGUUUAGGACAUUUUGUUUAUUUUAUUUUUUUAUUACAGGGAUGACUUCUGGAAGAAGUGGGGAAGUAACCCUCUCUAACCUGUAAAUAAAAGGUUAUUCUAAACACUGCCGUAAGCCAAA